GACGGGGCGGGGCGAGCAGCGUGGAGGGAGACGGGGAAGUUGGCGCAUGCGCCGGAGGCUGACGGGUUUGAAAUGGCUUCGGUGUUAGCUGGGACCCGAUUCAGGUGAAGGUCUGGUCAGCGCUUAUUUGGAAAGAUCGCUGCUGUAGAAGACAAACGAGUAAAGGUGUUUUCCCCUUUGCAUCAUGGCUCAGUUUGGAGGACAGAAGAAUCCGCCAUGGGCUACUCAGUUUACAGCCACUGCAGUAUCACAACCAGCUGCACUGGGUGUUCAGCAGCCAUCUCUUCUUGGAGCAUCUCCUACCCUUUAUACACAGCAAACUGCAUUGGCGGCCGCAGGCCUUACCACACAGACGCCAGCAAACUAUCAGUUAACACAGACUGCAGCAUUGCAGCAACAGGCUGCAGCUGCAGCAGCUGCAUUGCAACAGCAAUAUUCACAACCUCAGCAGGCCUUGUAUAGUGUUCAGCAACAGUUACAGCAACCCCAGCAGACCCUUUUAACACAGCCAGCAGUUGCACUCCCUACAAGCCUUAGCCUGUCUACUCCUCAGCCUGCAGCACAGAUAACUGUAUCCUACCCAACACCAAGAUCCAGUCAACAACAGACCCAACCUCAGAAGCAACGUGUUUUCACGGGAGUUGUUACAAAGCUACAUGAUACCUUUGGAUUUGUGGAUGAGGAUGUAUUCUUUCAGCUUAGUGCUGUCAAAGGAAAAACUCCCCAAGUGGGUGAUCGAGUAUUGGUUGAAGCUACUUAUAAUCCUAAUAUGCCUUUUAAAUGGAAUGCUCAAAGAAUUCAAACACUACCAAAUCAGAAUCAGUCCCAAACCCAACCUUUACUGAAGACUCCUCCUGCUGUACUUCAGCCAAUCGCACCACAGACAACGUUUGGUGUUCAGGCUCAGCCCCAGCCUCAGUCCCUGCUGCAGGCACAGAUUUCAGCAGCUUCUCUUACACCACUGCUACAGACGCAACCACAGCCCUUACUCCAGCAACCGCAGCAGAAGGCUGGUUUGUUGCAGCCUCCUGUUCGUAUCGUUUCACAACCCCAGCCAGCACGAAGGUUAGAUCCACCAUCUAGAUUUUCGGGACGGAAUGACAGAGGGGAUCAAGUACCUAAUAGAAAAGAUGACCGAAGUCGUGAGAGAGAGAGAGAAAGACGUAGAUCCAGAGAAAGAUCACCUCAGAGGAAGCGAUCCCGGGAGCGAUCUCCCCGAAGAGAGAGAGAACGAUCACCUCGGAGAGUUCGACGUGUUGUUCCACGUUAUACUGUGCAGUUUUCCAAGUUUUCUUUAGAUUGCCGUAGUUGUGACAUGAUGGAACUAAGGCGCCGUUAUCAGAAUUUAUACAUACCUAGUGACUUUUUUGAUGCUCAGUUUACGUGGGUGGAUGCUUUCCCUUUGUCAAGACCAUUUCAGCUGGGAAAUUACUGCAAUUUCUAUGUAAUGCACAGAGAAGUAGAGUCCUUAGAAAAAAACAUGGCUGUUCUUGAUCCUCCAGAUGCUGACCACUUAUAUAGUGCAAAGGUAAUGCUGAUGGCUAGCCCUAGCAUGGAAGAUUUGUAUCAUAAGUCAUGUGCUCUUGCUGAAGACCCACAAGAACUUCGGGAUGGAUUUCAACACCCUGCUAGACUUGUUAAGUUUUUAGUGGGCAUGAAAGGCAAGGAUGAAGCCAUGGCCAUUGGAGGCCACUGGUCUCCUUCGUUGGAUGGACCAGAUCCAGAAAAAGACCCCUCUGUGUUGAUUAAGACUGCUAUUCGUUGUUGUAAGGCUCUGACAGGCAUUGAUCUAAGUGUAUGCACACAAUGGUACCGUUUUGCAGAGAUUCGCUACCAUCGCCCUGAGGAGACCCACAAGGGGCGUACAGUUCCAGCUCAUGUGGAGACAGUGGUUUUAUUUUUCCCGGAUGUUUGGCAUUGCCUUCCCACCCGCUCAGAGUGGGAAACCCUCUCCCGAGGAUACAAGCAGCAGCUGGUGGAGAAGCUUCAGGGUGAACGCAAGGAGGCUGAUGGAGAACAGGAUGAAGAAGAGAAGGAUGAUGGUGAAGCUAAAGAAAUUUCUACACCUACCCAUUGGUCUAAACUGGAUCCAAAGACAAUGAAGGUAAACGAUCUACGAAAAGAGUUAGAAAGUCGAGCUCUUAGUUCGAAAGGAUUAAAAUCCCAGUUAAUUGCUCGCUUGACAAAACAGCUUAAAGUAGAAGAACAAAAAGAAGAACAGAAGGAAUUAGAGAAAUCUGAGAAAGAAGAGGAAGAGGAGGAUGAUAGGAAAUCUGAAGAUGAUAAAGAGGAAGAAGAGAGGAAACGCCAAGAGGAAAUGGAGCGCCAGCGUAGGGAAAGAAGAUACAUUUUGCCUGAUGAACCAGCCAUCAUUGUGCAUCCAAAUUGGGCUGCAAAAAGUGGCAAAUUUGAUUGUAGCAUCAUGUCUUUGAGUGUCCUUUUGGAUUACAGAUUAGAGGAUAAUAAAGAACAUUCAUUUGAGGUUUCAUUGUUUGCAGAACUUUUCAAUGAAAUGCUUCAAAGAGAUUUUGGUGUGAGAAUAUACAAAUCUUUACUGUCUCUUCCUGAGAAAGAGGACAAAAAAGAAAAAGAUAAAAAAAGCAAAAAAGAUGAGAGAAAAGAUAAGAAAGAGGAAAGAGAUGAUGAUACUGAUGAACCAAAACCCAAACGGAGAAAAUCAGGAGAUGAUAAAGAUAAGAAAGAAGAUAAAGAUGAAAGGAAGUUACAGAAAGAAGAUAAAAGAAAAGAUGAUUCUAAAGAUGAUGAUGAAACUGAAGAAGAUAAUAAUCAAGAUGAGUAUGACCCAAUGGAAGCAGAGGAAGCUGAGGAUGAUGAGGAUGAUCGGGAUGAAGAAGAAAUGAACAAAAGAGAUGACAAAAGAGAUAUCAAUAGAUACUGUAAGGAGAAGCCAUCUAAAGAUAAGGAAAAAGAAAAGACUCAGAUGAUCACAAUUAAUAGGGAUCUCUUAAUGGCCUUUGUUUAUUUUGAUCAAAGCCAUUGUGGUUACCUUCUUGAAAAAGAUUUGGAAGAAAUACUCUAUACUCUUGGACUGCAUCUUUCUCGAGCUCAGGUAAAGAAACUUCUCAAUAAAGUAGUAGUCCGUGAAUCUUGCUUUUAUCGGAAAUUAACAGAUACUUCAAAAGAUGAAGAAAAUCAUGAAGAGUCUGAAUCCUUACAGGAAGAUAUGCUAGGUAACAGGUUGUUACUUCCAACACUAACAGUAAAACAGGAAUUAAAGGACAUAGAAGAAAAUGUAGGACUUAUUGUGUAUAAUGGUGCAAUGGUAGAUGUAGGAAGUCUCUUGCAAAAAUUGGAAAAGAGUGAAAAAGUAAGAGCUGAAGUAGAACAGAAGCUACAAUUACUAGAAGAAAAAACAGAUGAAGAUCAAAAAACAAUAUUAAAUUUGGAAAUUUCCAACAAAAACCUCUCUGGUGAACUCAGAGAAGUUAAAAAAGACCUUAGUCAGUUACAAGAAAACUUAAAGGUUUCCGAAAACAUGAAUUUGCAGUUUGAAAACCAACUGAAUAAGACAAUCAGAAACUUAUCUACAGUAAUGGAUGAAAUCCACACUGUUCUCAAAAAGGAUAAUAUAAAAAAUGAAGACAAAGAUCAGAAAUCCAAGGAGAAUGGUUCAAGUGUAUGAUAAAAUUCGUAUAGUGAUGAGGAGUAGUGUUAAAUAAUGUAAUAUAUAAAAAAUCAUGAUACAAGAAUGUUUGGUGGUGAUGCAUGUUUUGAUUUUAGUAGUAUACAUGUUAGUUCAAAUGAUGUAUAAAGUUUUAUGAAUAUGUCUGCUUUUGAAAAUUGCUUGUAAUUUGUAGUGUUCAAAUUUAUUAAACACUCCUUGAGUGAAAUGAUUUUGCAUUGCAAAAUGUUUUAGGAUGAACUUUGUUAUAGUUUUAACCCCAA